GCCUCCCGUCUGUAAACAAGAGCAGCGCCUGUCCAGCUCCCCGCACAACAACAAACGCACUUUCAGCGACAGGAAGAGACGCAAGAGAGAGAGAAAAGGACAUUUAACAUGUGGUUUAGUCACCAGACACCUUUGUAAAGUUACGAGUGUGUGGAUAAGACGAUGUAAAAAGGACGAAGAACACGUCGCAUCCAGAUUUUCCCGGCAGACUUUGUAGAGCAGCUGUCCCGGACUGUCCUGUCCACCGUGCACGUCUGGGAGAAUAGAGGGACGAAGAGAGAAUGAGGAUCUGCUCUCCAGUGUGAGUUCUUGGGAUGCUUGACAGACCUGUACGCCAUGCUUUUCUAAGGCCUCCAGAAGCUAAAGACAGGGUGUCAUUAAAAGAGCGAGUGACUCCUCUGAGCUGCCACCAUGGCCCUGGUUCAGGCUCUGCCCAUAUCUGCUGAGCCCCACAACUCAGGCCUCAGUGGAGGACCCCGCAGGAGACACGCCUCUGGCUCUUCACCCCCCAUCAACGCACCACCCUCCACUCUGGAGCCUAUGGGUUCUGUCAGCAGCCUCAUCACCACCCGCCCCGGCCACUACCACGACCACAGAUCUAUGGUUGAGCUGGGAGCCAGGGUCCGACGGCCUACACCAGGUGUCUCCUGCAUGGGCUCCGAGUCACCCCUGGACCCCUUAUUACUGCAGAGCAUCCAGAAGCAGAGCUUGAUGACGUCCAGCAGGGGGCUGGAGAAGGAGAGUGGGGAUGGGAACUUUACCUAUCUCAAUGAGGACUAUGUAGGCGACUGGAAUGACAACAAUGUAACGCGUGCGAGCCCAGGAAGGGACGCAUACGAGACUAAAGGAUCAGGGUUUAAUGGGAACAUGGGGGGACCUCCUCCAAAACUGAUCCCUGUGUCAGGAAAACUUGAGAAGAACAUGGAGAAAACAGUGCUGCGGCCCACUGCCUUCAAACCAGUCAUUCCCAAAAACCGUACCUCCAUGCAAUACCUAUCGCCACGCCAUUCUGCCAACGUAUCAGAAAGCCAAAACAACCUGAACCUGCUGAGCCCCACACACAUAGAGGUGUCGCCCUCCUGCUCUGAGAAAAGCAGCUCAUACAGCAGGGCCCGUAACGGUGCCGGCGGCAGCAGCCAUUCCUGCCAACUGACAGACUCUGGACGCAACUCCCUCUCCAGCCUCCCACCUUACAACAGCACCGGCUACAGUCUGGCAUCGGGAGAGGCCACUGCUGGCCACCUGGAGCCCAUGAAAAGUGCUCCGGCAGUCAGCGGACACGGACACUCCAACUCGGACAGCGGCCGCUCAUCUUCCAGUAAGAGUACUGGCUCCGGCUCGAUAAGCGGCCGAGGUCAGCCUCUGUCUGACAGCGGGUCCAGCGGGCGCUCCCCUGGCCCGGUGGAGGGUUACGAGGGGGUGGUGAGGGACCUGGAGGACAAGCUGAGGGAGAGAGAGCUGGAGCUGCAUCAACUCAGAGACAACCUGGAUGAGAAUGAAGCUGCAAUUUGUCAGGUUUAUGAGGAGAAGCAGAAGCGGUUUGAGCUGGAGCUGGAGGAGCUGAGGCAGGGCUGUGCCACCAGGAUGCAGAUAGCCUCGCAGAAGGCCCAGCGUGCACAGCAGGUGCUUCAGUUGCAGGUUUAUCAGCUCCAGCAGGAGAAGAAGAAGCUACAGGAGGACUUUGCUCAGCUUCUGAAGGAGCGGGAGCAGCUAGAGGAGCGCUGCAGCUCCUAUGAGCACGAGAAGAUCCAACUGGGGCCGCGACUGGAGGAGAGCAAGUGGGAGGUCUGUCAAAAGUCAGGGGAAAUCUCGUUGCUGAAGCAGCAGCUGAAGGAGGUGCAGGUGGAGUUAGCCCAGCGUGUGGGAGAGAUCGUCUCACUGCGGGGUCAACUCAGAGAAAAUCGUGGUGAGCUCACUAACACCCAGGUCCUGCUCCAGGAGGCUCACAGCACAACCCGCACACGAACCCUGGAGCUGGAAGUGUGUGAAAAUGAACUCCAGCGCCGCAAGAGUGAAGCGGAGCUACUCAGAGAAAAGGUAGGACGCCUUGAGGGAGAGUUGGCUCAUCUCAGAGAUGCUUUGGCCAAUCAGGGCCCAGGAAACAGACAGUGUCAGGUGUUCCAGGAGGCAGCAGAACACCUGCUUGCCUAUGAGAGUGACGAGGCGAAGGCCCAGCGGCAGAGCAGCACUGAGGCCCUGCAGAACAUGAAGGUGCAAAUGGACAGGAUGAGGGCUGAGCUGGCCUUUGAGUGUCAGCGGGCUGAGCAGCAAACAGGAGGCUUUGAAGAAGAGCGAAGGAUAUGGCAGGAGGAGAAAGAAAAAGUUAUCCGCUACCAGAAGCAGCUGCAGCAGAACUAUGUGCAGAUGUAUCGCAGGAACCGAGACCUGGAGCAGCUCCUGCAGGAGCUCAGUCACGAACUUGAGAGCAGAGAGGAGGACGAGGGCAGCGGCAACGAGAUCAACUUUGAUGAGAUCGCCGCCACGGAAAUUUGACCUGUGGGUCUCCCCAUCUUUUGAUUUGCACUAGUCAGCUAAGUAUGUCACCCACAAGUCAAAGAACUGAUCUUUUUUGUGCCAACAAGCAGAUAUCACAAAAUGUAAAAAAAUAAAACACUUUAGUUCUGCCUGCCCCACUUAAAACCCAAUGAUCUCUAUUAAACGUCAGUAAGCCACCUCAGUCCACUGCUCCUCUGUUAAAAAGAUGGUUUGGAUUGUUUCAAGUGGGGUUGUAUGAGGUACUUCAAUCAGUUUAAGUAUACACUUUGUUUUGAAUAUUUGUACCCUUUACCCUGCCACCAGACGGCUCUUCCCGACAGGAAGGCAUUAUAUCCAUUUAUACUCUUCAAAUCCACAAGGCUCCAUUUACUACAGGAGUUGCUGGUCUGCCUUGAUCUGUUAGUUUGGUGGUGUAGACCAGCAACCUGUUCUCUGCAAGUUAAAAUGACUUUGUGACAAUGGAGUCUUUCAUUUGUUUUUUUGCUUUUUUUUGGAUAGAACAGCCGAAGAUAAGCAGAAAAGGGGAAGAAAGAGGGAUUGCAUGUAGCAAAGGGUCACAGACUGGAUUUCAAAAACCGGGCCACUGUGGGAAGUACUCAGCCUUAGAGCAUGGGCACCCACCCUACCAGGGGAGCUACCAUGGUGCUCAGGAGUCUGGUGGCUUUGAAGAGAGCAUAUAUAAUGGAUUCAGUUCCCUCUUGGAAUGGGCUGCGGCUAAUGUGGUAAAAAUAUAACAUACACUCAAACUGAUAGAUAUUUUUUUGGUGGCUAAAAUACAUUUUGUUGCUGCCCCCUUCCACAGCACUACAUUUCUGCCUGUACUCUGUCAGUUUCUCCUGGGGGCGUGCUGACUGCCAUCUACUGUACACCAACCAUGGAGAAGUACCUCAUACAACCCCACUUUAAACAAUCCAAACUAUCCCAUCAGUGUCUGUAACUGACAUCUUUCCCAGUUUUAAACAUUUGUGGGAGAAGUUGUUGUGUAUGAGUUGCUUCACCCAGCCCUCUCUUGAGUUGGUCAUUCCUCCACCUUCCAUGCUGGGUUUAACACUCCCACUCAGUCAGCUCUCAUUAGUACAGUUACUUUAGCUGGAGCCCACGUUUGUUGUCGAUUGACAGUAAAAGUGGGACACCACACAUUCAGCAAGUAAUGACAAGAGUGAGAAUCAGAGCUAGGUGCUGAUGACGGUGGAUUUGAGGGAAAGUUUUAGCCUCCUGUUGUACACAUAUCCUGGACACUUUACCCUAAAUGUUGGAAAUAAUAUGAACAUCUGUACAGUCUAAUGUAAUUAAACACAGUAACAUCUGGAUUAAAUACCCCCUUAACACCUUACAUCCAGUGCACGUCAGCUUUUCUCUUGUGCACACACAUGGUUUGGAUCAUAAGAUAUCACUUUUCCUGUAGUGUAGGAGUACCACAAUAUAUGUACAGUAAUAUAUACUGCAAUCAUGAAAUUGUUCAGGAAAAUCAAUUUUAACAAGUCAUACCAGUAAAAGCACAGGUGUAAUUAAUAACUGCGUUCCCAUUACCAGGAAUAAGAGACAGUUCCAGGGUUAAAAUUAAGUGUCUCAGCAAUGUAUUUGAUAAUUAGAGAAAGUACUUUACUACUACUCAAGAUGGUAAAAUACAUUGAUUACAUAACUGAAGGGAAAUCAUGCACUGAAUGAUGGGUGUUAAGUAAAACUACUUUGACAUGACUGUUUUUCUACCAACCUUUAAGAUCUGUUUCAUGUGUAUUUACUUUCCUGUUCCUCUAUUACUGCUGAUUGCAUCAUCCUCCUCCUCCUCUGUAAAUAACCCCAACAAAUCAAAGUUUUCUUUAUCUCAAAAAGUAAAAACAUAGCCACUGUGAAUAGACCAAAGCAAUGUCGCACAUUAUGUUUUGCUCCUACAGAAAAGACGCCUGAAUAUUAAUGUUUAUGUGGAUGGUUGGUUGUUUGUUCCUCAGUAUAAUUUUAUAAUCCACAAUAUUUGUAUGAAGACAUAAAAUGUUUAUUUUCAUGCUGUACAUUUCUUGAACAAACCUGUUUUUAAUUAAAAAAGACAAAAUGUAA